AAAAACUACUACAAUCCUCCCCUCCCUCUCUCUCUGUCUCUUUCUGCUUCACAAGCUCACAUUCCAUUAAUCCAUGCUGAACAAAGACAAAAGCUUAUUGGAUUUUAGAUACCUUACCUCACCAUAUCUUCUCUCUUUCUCUCUCUCUCUCUCUCUAUAUUUUACCCAAGAUAUCAUCUUCACAUCUGUAAAUCAAAUCCAACCAUUAGAUACCCAGUUGUGAAGCCAAUUUGUUCUUUUAUUUAUCUUGAGGAAAAUCCUCAACCAUAUACACAUUUUUUUUUUGUUUCUUGUUCUUUUCUUUGGGUAUAUAUGCUUUACUCCGUAUUUUCCUCUGUUUUUCAUGGCUGCUGCUACUACUGCUACCCAAAUCUUUCAAAGCCUUGAGAAUAACAAUGAGAACGACAACCAUGAAGUUAGCAGACAAGAGAUACAAACUGCCAUUGCCAAAGCAGUCGAGCUUAGAGCUCUUCAUGCUGCUCUGAUGCAUGGAAACAGUCCUGCCAAUCUCAAAUUCCCAUCUUCUUCCCCUGUUUCACGCCCUGCUUCUCAGCUCUCUGCUCAGGAUUACCCUGUUUUCACUCCAAGUUAUGAAGACGAACCUUUGCCACGGCAACAGGCGCUGCCAAAAUCAACAUUAUCAGAAAGUUGGGAUGAGUAUGGGCUAGAAGGAGGGAAUGGCUAUGAAACUGUUUUAUCAGAUUAUAAGAAGGAGAAUUCUUCGUCAAGGAAAGGAAAUUCUUCUGGUUUGGCCAGUUUGGAAUCUCACAUUUGUCCUGCAGAAGAUCAAAAAUCUGUCACUGGUUCUUCCGCAAACAAUAUUACUAUGCUUCACACAUCACCCGGAACAGAAUUCUACAAGUCUAGCGGGAGAAAUAACUUGGCAGACUUCAAAUCUGUAUCUUCUUGCAAUAGGUGCAAGCCAGCCACUAUUACCUCUGACUCUGAAAAUGUAACCAGGAACAGCAGGAAUUCUAACACUGUCAUGCCAUGGACAGAUUCUCCUUCACCAGCUCAACCACAACCGAGAAAUCGUGGAAUGAUUUCAUGGUUGUUCCCUAAGUUAAAGAAGAAGCAGAAGAGUGAGAAUUCACCCAAUCGAACAGAAUCUGAGGAAGUUUCUCAAAUUUUCAAGGACUUGGGUAUAUUGUCAAUAGAAACACUGAAGAGAGAGUUGACAGAAGCAAAUGAGAAUCGAGAUGCAGCCUUAAUGGAGGUUGCUGAGAUGAAAUCUUCACUAGGGGAACUAAGGCAGAAGCUUGAGUACUUGGAGAGUUAUUGUGAAGAGUUAAAGAGAGCCUUAGGCCAAGCUACACUAGCAAAAGGUUCACAAGUAAUUGAAAAGAUGGGAAACUUCCCCAAGAGAGGAAAACACAACGAUGGAAAUGGAGAAAACCUGAUGCCUGUAAGCGAAGAGGUAAUGGUGGAGGGGUUUUUGCAGAUUGUAUCAGAAACAAGAUUGUCAGUGAAGCAAUUCUGCAAGACCCUAGUAGGGCAGAUUGAGGAAACAGAUGGUACUCUUACGGACAACUUGAACUUGCUUCUUCAGCCAUAUAAAUUGUCUCUCAAUUCAAGGUACUCCAAGGCAGUACUAUGCCAUUUGGAAGCUAUAAUUAACCAAUCCCUCUACCAAGAUUUUGAGAAUUCUGUAUUCCAAAAGAAUGGUUCACCGAUGCAUUUAGAUCCUCAACAAGAUCGCCAGGCACAAUUUGCAUCAUUUGUUGCACUGAGGAACCUAAGCUGGAAUGAAGUUUUAAGGAAGGGAACUAAAUAUUACAGUGAAGAGUUCAGCAAAUUUUGUGAUCAGAAGAUGAGUUGCAUUAUUACAACAAUGAAUUGGACAAGACCAUGGCCUGAACAGCUUCUUCAAGCUUUCUUUGUUGCUGCUAAAUGCAUAUGGUUGCUUCAUUUGCUUGCAUUUUCAUUCAGUCCACCCCUGGGAAUUUUAAGGGUCGAAGAGAAUAGGAGCUUCGAUCCACAUUACAUGGAGGACAUGUUCAUGGAUAGGCAAAGAUCACAUGGUCCAAGCCGAGUUAAGAUGAUGGUGAUGCCAGGGUUUUAUGUUCAGGACAAGGUCUUAAGGUGUAAGGUUCUUUGCAGGUACAAGUCUGUAGCUUAAUUUAUAAGUAAUUUACCAUUUUUCUUUCUUACUUGGUGGGUUUUUGAAGGGGAAGUCUGUAAGGCUAAAUUUAUGUGUACUUAAUAAAAAGGUUAAAUGGGUUUCUUUAA